CACACUCCCACAUGCCUUUGUUUCUCUCCCUCUCCCUCUCCCUCUCUUCCGUUCCCCAUAUAUAAAUACCUCUCCAUCUCUUCAAUCUUCCCCUACCGCACACCACCACCCCCAUCCCCACCCCUCUCUCUCUCUCUCUCUUUCUGUACAACACUAGUCUCCAUGGCUCUCAUCAAGAAAUCAAACAAGCUUACUCAAACAGCUUCUUUCAAACAAAUACUCAAAAGGUGCUCAAGCUUUGGGAAGAAACAACAAUCAAAUGGCUAUGAUGAAGACAGCAACAAUGGUCUCCCUGAGGAUGUCCCAAAGGGUCAUUUCGCCAUCUACGUCGGAGAAAACAGAAGUAGAUAUAUUGUUCCCAUUUCAUGGUUAGCUCAUCCUGAGUUUCAAACUCUACUUCAAAGAGCUGAAGAAGAGUUUGGGUUUAAGAAUAACAUGGGUCUCACUAUUCCUUGUGAAGAAGUUGUUUUCCUCUCUCUCACAUCCAUGAUCAGAUGAAACUAUAAGAUGAGUUUUUUUUUUUUGGAUCUGCAAAAUAAAAAACUUUAUUGAUGAAACACAAAGUACAUACUACAACAACAAUAUCAAUAAAGAGAGGUGUGAGUGUAUAUAGAGUGUCAUAGCAAAGUAAAUCUAUUCUAACUUGGUUGGCACAGAGAAGCAAGCUAUUACAACACCAAAGUUAGUGGGGUUUUCUUUGAAAGAAUUGCCAAGAUUAGGUUAAAAUUUUAUGGGUUAGGUUUGUAUAUGGUUUUAGAUUUUCUUUUUUAUCAGGGAUGCGCAUUGUGCCCUAUGAAAAAGCUGAUAUUAAUAAAAAGUUGCCCUGUAUUUUUCGAUUCCUCUCUCAA